GCAAAAUUGAAAGAUCAUAAAACUAAAAUAAAAUGUCUAAGACAGGGGAAACAGUGGUCCCUGCUGACGAAAACGACAUUCUAUUGAUAAGACCUUUGGGUUCAGGACAAGAGGUUGGAAGAUCUUGCCACCUGCUUGAAUUUAAAGGCAAAAAGAUCAUGCUUGACUGUGGUAUACACCCAGGACUGAAUGGCUUCGCCUCUCUGCCCUUCUUGGAUUUGGUAGAAGUUGAAGAAGUUGAUCUGCUCCUUAUUAGUCACUUCCACCUUGACCAUUGUGGGGCCUUGCCUUACUUUUUGGAGAAAACACAGUUUAAAGGUCGAUGUUUCAUGACACAUGCCUCCAAAGCUAUCUACAGAUGGUUGUUAUCAGAUUAUGUGAAAGUUAGUAAUAUUGCCACUGAAGACAUGCUCUAUACAGAGAGUGAUAUAGAAAACAGCAUGGACAAAAUAGAAACAAUUAAUUUUCACCAGGAAGUAGAUGUCAACGGAAUCAAAUUCUGGUGUUACACAGCAGGCCAUGUUUUAGGAGCAGCCAUGUUUAUGAUAGAGAUUGCUGGGGUCAGGGUUUUAUACACUGGUGACUUCUCCAGACAGGAGGACAGACAUUUAAUGGCUGCUGAGAUCCCAAAAAUUCACCCAGAUGUUGUUAUUGUUGAGUCCACAUACGGUACUCAUAUUCAUGAGAAGAGAGAGGACCGAGAAGCCAGAUUCACUGGACUGGUCCACGACAUCGUUAGUAGGGGUGGCAGGUGUUUGAUACCUGUGUUUGCACUUGGAAGAGCCCAGGAGUUACUGCUCAUACUAGAUGAGUAUUGGAGCAACCAUCCUGAGUUACAUGACAUUCCAAUCUACUAUGCAUCAUCUCUGGCAAAGAAAUGUAUGAGUGUAUACCAAACUUACAUCAAUGCCAUGAAUGAGAAGAUCCGAAGACAAAUUAACAUCAGCAACCCUUUUGUGUUCAAACAUAUAUCAAACUUAAAGAGUAUGGAGCACUUUGAAGACAUUGGGCCCUCUGUGGUCUUGGCCAGCCCUGGAAUGAUGCAGAGUGGUCUUUCCAGAGAAUUGUUUGAGAGCUGGUGUACAGACAAAAGAAAUGGCUGUAUCAUAGCAGGUUACUGUGUGGAGGGAACCCUAGCCAAGCAUAUUUUGUCAGAACCUGAUGAGAUUGUAACAAUGUCUGGACAGAAGCUACCCCUGAAGUGUUCUGUAGAUUACAUAUCAUUUUCUGCUCACACCGAUUAUAAACAGACCAGUGAAUUCCUCCGAGCCCUUAAACCAGCUCAUGUGGUGCUUGUACAUGGAGAACAGAAUGAAAUGUCCCGUCUGAAGGCAGCAUUGAUUCGGGAGUAUGAAGAUGACACAGAAUAUCAAAUGAAUGUCCACAACCCCAGGAACACAGUGGCUGUGGAACUGCACUUCAGAGGAGAAAAAAUGGCAAAGAUUGUUGGAAGUCUUGCCUCAGAAAAGCCAAAACAGGAUCAGAGAAUCUCAGGGAUACUGGUCAAAAGAAACUUUAAUUAUCACAUAAUGGCUCCCACUGAUCUCUCAAAUUACACUGACCUAGCUAUGAGUACUGUAACCCAGAGACUGAGUAUCGCGUACACCGGGACUGUGGCGUUACUCAAGUACUACCUUAACCAGCUGUCCUCAGACAUUGAACACAUGGAGAAGGCAGACAAACCAACACUGAGGAUAUUUAAGUCUGUCUUCCUCGUCAUUGAACCAAAGAUGGUCAUUAUUGAGUGGGUAGCCAAUCCUGUGACAGAUAUGUAUGCUGAUGCUGUGGUGACUGUAGUAUUGAGGGCAGAGAGUGACCCCAUGCCUCAAAAAAGUGUACCGCCCCCACUGGUUGUAGACAAGUCCCAUGUACAGGAGUGCCUGUUGGAGAUGUUAACAGACAUGUUUGGCAGUGAGGGAAUCAGCAAGAUGAUCAGAAACAACAUGGUGACUGUCACAGUGGACGAGAAGAUUGCCACUGUCAAUGUUGACUCACUGGAGGUGAGGUGUGACGAUGAAGAAUUGCGUCAAGUAUUACAAACUGCUGUUAAAAACCUGUACCAGGCCAUAGCUCCCGUCAAACAAACAGGCUGACAGUGACCACAUCUUAUACAGUGAUGGACUCAAACUGACCAGAGAGCAGGCUCUCUAUCUAAUCUUGGACCAUUCAGCAAAGUUCCUGUUUUAGUGACCUUGCUUCCUGUGUGUUUAAUUGAAAUACAAGAAUGUUUUUUGGGGGAUACACAUUCUGUGUAUGGUACAGAUAUAUGACAAAUUGAUUUCUCUUGUCAGAAUGUCUGCAAUAAAAUUUGCAGAAUUUUUA